AUGUCUUCCUCUACCGAAAAGCUCGAUGUAUUUCUUAGCUUUCGAGGAGAGGACACACGCACCAACUUCACUAGCCAUCUUUACGCUGCUUUAGAAAAGGAACCAAUCGAUAUAUUCAUUGAUUAUGAUAUGCCAAGAGGAGCAGAUGUUUGGCCAACACUUUCCAAAGCGAUCCAGAACUCGCGCCUAUCGAUUGUUAUUCUGUCAGAAAAUUAUGCUACCUCAAAAUGGUGCUUGGAAGAACUCCGGGAAAUACUCGAAUGCAGAAAGCAUCUUAGUCAGAUUGUUAUACCUGUUUUCUAUCACACAUAUCCCUCAGACAUAAGGAGGCAGACUGGCACUUACGGGAGAGCAUUCGCAAAACAUGAGCCACGUCCUGGAGACAAAGACAGCGAGUCCAUCAAACAAAAAGUACUUAAGUGGAGACAUGCUCUCUUUGAAGCAGGCAAUAUCUCUGGAUGGCCAUGUCAAAACCAUACGAACGAGACUCAACUCAUCAAGGACGUUGUCAAGGAUGUACUAGAAAAGCUGGAACUGAGGGAACCUGAAGAGUUAAAAGGAAUUAUAAGUGAAAAAAACUGUAGAAAUGUUGAAUUAUUAAUGAAAAAAUUUCGAGUAAUUGGAAUUUGGGGUAUGGGCGGAAUAGGUAAGACGACCAUUGCUAAAGCCUUGUUUGCCAAACUCUUUCCCCAAUAUGACAGCAGCUGCUUAGUGCUCAACACAAAAGAAUAUUCACUUGCUGAGCUUCAUUUUGAGCUAUUUAAGGAAAAAAUUUCCAGAUCUAAAUUUGUAGGAUCCACAAUCGAUAUGACGAGGCUCAAAGGUAAAAAUGUUUUCAUCGUACUAGAUGAUGUGGAUGAUUCAGAUCAAAUUAAAAAUUGGUGUGAAGGGUAUCAUGGCUUAAGUCAAGCUAGUAGACUCAUUAUAACAACAGGAGAUAGGCAAUUGCUUGAGGAAAGUGUUGAUUGGAUAUAUGGGGUCGAGGAAUGGAAAGCUACAGAAUCUCUUAAGUUUUUUUGCUUAGAAGCCUUCAAACAAGACCAUCCCAUAAAAGGUUAUGAGGGUCUCUCAGAUUUGGCAGUUGCUUAUGCAGGGGGCAUUCCAUUAGCUCUUAGAGUUUUGGGUUCUCAUCUUCGUAACAAAGAUAUUGAAUUUUGGGAAAGUACUUUCAGAAAACUCAACAUCAGUCCCGAUGAGACAAUUCAAAACGUGUUAAGAGUGAGCUAUGAUGGAUUAAAACAUAAAACAGAGAAGAAGAUUUUUCUAGACAUAGCAUUUUUUUUCAAAGGAGAAAAGAAAGAUCACGUCAUAAGGAUAUUAGAUGCCUGUGAUUUCGAAGCAAUUAGUGGAAUAGUAGUCCUUGAAAACAAAGCUUUGAUUACUAUUUCAAAUAGCAAUAGAAUACAAAUGCAUGACUUGCUACAAAAAAUGGCUUACGAAAUAGUACGCAACGAAGAUGAAGAAAACCCUGAAGGACGUAGCCGUUUGAGGGAUAGUGAUGCUUGUGAAGUAAUUAAAGAAAACAAGGGGACUAAAGCAAUUCAAGGCAUAACAUUAGAUUUGUCUCAAAUCACAGCUUUACCUUUGCGUGCUGACACCUUCACAAAGAUGAAAGCCUUAAGAUUUCUUAAAUUCUGUAACCCCUUGGAUCAGAAUUAUAGUAAUACAUACCUCAAGCUUCCUACAGUUCUUGGGCCAUUUUCUGACAAACUGAGGUAUGUUGAGUGGAUUGGAUAUCCUUUUGAGUCUCUUCCACGACGUUUUUUUGCUGAGCUGCUUGUUGAGAUUCGCAUGCCGCACAGCAAUGUUAAACAACUUUGGCAGGGGGUGCAGAAACUUGGUAAGUUGGAGGGAAUUGACCUAAGUGAAUGCAAAGAGUUGGAAAAACUUCCCGAUUUGUCUGAGGCGUCAAGACUUAAAUGGGUGAAUCUAUCUGGUUGUAGGAGAUUGAGUUAUCUUCAUCCUUCUGUUUUAUCCGCGGAUACACUUGUUACUUUGAUACUCGAUAGGUGUACAAAUCUUAAGAGUGUUAUAGGCAUCAAACAUUUGCAGUCUCUGGGGAUUAUCAGUGUCAAGGGCUGCUCAAGUCUGGAGGAAUUUGCAGUGUCUUCGGAUUCACUACAAAACUUGGAUUUAAGCAAUACAGGAAUUCAAAGAUUGGAAACAUCAAUAGGGCUUCUACAGAAUCUUAAGUGGCUUAAUCUAGAGGGUGUAAGACUCACGCAUCUUCCGAAUGAGUUAUCUCGCCUGAAAUCUCUUUUGGAGCUGAGACUUUCUUGCCGCGGAUUAGUAAUUGACAAAGAGCAACUACAUGACCUGUUUAAUGGGUUACAGUUUCUACAAAUACUACAUUUGAAGGAGUGUAGUAACUUGUUUGAACUCCCUGACAACAUCAGCGUCUUAUCAAAAACAUUACAGGAAUUAAGGCUAGAUGGAUGCAAUGUGACAAAGUUGCCUGAAAGCAUCAAGGAUCUUGAAAAGCUUGAAAUUCUGUCCUUGGAGAAUUGCGAGGAGCUUCGGUGUCUACCAGAGCUUCCACCUCUCAUCAAACAGUUGUAUGCAGUUAACUGCACGUCAUUGGUGUCCGUGUCAAAUUUAAAGACUUUGGCAACAAAGAUGAGAGGAAUGGCCAAACACAUUUCAUUCAAAAACAGCUUGAACUUGGAUGCAGAUUCACUCAAAUGUAUUGUGGAAAGCCUACAUUUAACAAUGAUGAGUGCAGCAUUGGACAAUGUGUUAGUAAGAAGACUCCGUGUGGCCAUUCACAGCUACAAUUAUACAAGUGUUGAGUUUUGUUUACCAGGAAAGAGAGUCCCAAAGCAGGUCAGUUAUAGAACAAAAAAGACCUCAAUUACCAUUGAACUUCCUAGCCGUUCCAACUUGCAGGGCUUCAUUUACUCUGUGGUUCUUUCUACAGCCGGUGAAAUGAUGAAACAUGGCACUAAAAUAAAAUGUGAAUGCCCCUUGGCAGAAGGUACAAAGGUUACAUGGCUAAAGAUUGAUAUCACGGAAUUCAAGUCGGAUCAUGUUUAUGUAUGGUAUGAUCCAUUUCAUUGUGAUGGCAUUCUCAAAUAUUAUAAGUCAAAGGUUCGUUUUGACUUCUUCGUUGCAAAUGAUACGGGGGAAGUUGAUGGUUCGAUCUGUAUUAAAAAGUGUGGAGUACGCCUCAUAAGUGUUUCAGAGCUGCACAAUGUUUUAUUGGAAUUGGACUUGGAUUCAGAUAAGAAAAAGGAAUUGGAGAAGGGAAUUGAGUUGGAAACAGCACGUAGAAUUUCUCUUCUGUGUUUAGUCACAGAACCAAAGUCAGCGACGUUUGAAUUAGAAUCAGUUGAAGAAGACAAUGAAAGUUGGUCUUUUUCUGAUGUGGAAGAGAGCAUCGAAUCUACUCAAAAGGAAACCGAGACCAGUGCAGGAAGAGGUCUCAAGGAGAAUACCAGAGAUUCUACAAAAGUUGCCAAAAGCAAAGGAAAUAAAGCAACGCCAACUGAACCUGGAGCCAGAUUGCAUGAACUUAUUGAGUCACACAAAGGAAAUGCUUCUAAACACAAGUCAAGUGAAAAUAAGUCUGAUUGGACUGAUAAUAUUGAAGAGGCCAAGCAUUCAGAAGAAAAUCAAAAUCUACAUGGAGAAGAAAUUGUUGAUCUGAUUGUUGAAGGACCAUACCAUGCAAAAGAAAGUGAACCAAUGGAAGGUCAAGACGGAUCCGAUGAGGACCAUGUUGCUAAACUUUACAGCAUCCUGUCGGCAAAAGCAACCUUUUCUACAAACGAUGUUGCUAUAAGAGAAGCUUUGCAUAAUCUUGAAAGCCUAUUGGAAAACUCGCUUGAGUCCAUUCUUGGUGAUGUCGAACUACAAGGACAAUUACAUAUGUCUUUGAAAUGCAUACAACUGGCAUCUGAAGAAAAAGUUUCUCCAAAUGUUGCGAAGCUUGUUGAAAGCAUGACAUCCUCUAUUGAGGAUCUGUUCAAAGACUUUACCUUUACUCAAAAAGUAGUCGAAGAACACACUACCCUUUUGCAACAAAAAGAAAAACUUUUGCAGCUUGUGAGAGAUACUAAGAAACGGCAAGAAUUACUGAACAAAGAAACGAGUCAGUGUGAGUUUGAAACCGAAAGUCUCGACAAAGAGGCUAAAAAGCUGAAUGAAAAUAUUCAGAUUCUUCUUGAGAAAAAGAAAACUGUGGAGUUGAAAAAAAACAAGUUGAAGGAGACCCUGGAAAGAUGUGACUUCGAAAAGAAGAAACUGAAAGAUGAGGCUAAGAAUCGGGUACCUGAAAGCAGAGAGCUAAUAGUGGCGAUUGAGAAAUCUGAAUCCUCAUACGCUGCUGCCCUGUCAAAGCUGAAGAAGUUGAAUAACAAAUGGGAAGGUUUCAGAACAACUUUUGCAGAGAACAGUGAAACACUGCUAGCUCAUAAUACUUGGUGGCAUAGAGCCGAAGUACUUUUGAUUAUAUUCAUUUUUAUUUUUAAUAUUUUUUUGUCUUACGUGGGUUCUGAAGUUGAUCUUCACUCCGAGUAA